AUGAACGGUAUCGACAUCCUUUGCGAUGCCGCUGGCUCCGACAUGCUCAACUCCCUCUACUCCCCGCCCGAAGUACCGAAAGAGCCGGCCCAACAUCCACCUCAGCAGCUCGGGAAGCGCAAGUUAAGCACAUCCGACACAUCGCCCUCCUCGAUACACGUCUGCCAUAUAUGCAAAAGAGUCUACGAGCGAGCCGAUCAUCUGACGCGCCAUCUACGAUCCCAUGAGAACGCCCGCCCCUACCAGUGCUCCCGAUGCCCCAAGCGAUUCAACCGCGCCGACCUCCUCACCCGCCAUGAGACAACACACGACCGGGAUAACGCGGGCAAGGGCAGAACAUUCAUACGCAGAAGCGAUCGAGCCGCCGAGGCCUGUCUGAACUGCGCCGCUUCCAAGUCAAAAUGCGAGGUAAACAUUGGCCCAACCACGUUGUACCCUGGCCACGAGACUGACGCCCACAUAGGACGCCAAGCCUUGUUCUCGCUGUCGCUCCAAGAACCUGCCAUGCGAAGUUGCUUCCAAGCGCACACAUCCGCAUCGGUCAUCAACAGAUGGUAUUUCAACUCCGUCUGA